AUGAGCUCGGAAUCCGCAACUUUCUCGAUGAACUCGGGACUCAGAACUUUCAUAAAGGACAGGGGACCAUCGUCCACAGUGUGUCCUGAAAAGCUCUUCGCAGCCCUUGAGAGACUUCAGAACAGACCUGAUGAUCUUGCCCGCGAUCGAGCCCGACUCAAUGACACAUUGCCCCCACCACCAUGCUCGUCAGGAACGACGACAGCGUUUCCCAGCCUUUGCGGCUCCCCCGCUCCCCCUCCCGGAUUCGAGGGGCGGAUUGAGCACCGUAAAUCAACGCCCUGGGAACAAUUCCGCCACCAGGUUGACAAGGAGAGGGCACGGAUCAUUGAGCAAUUCGACCGGAGGUGUAAUAGACGAAAAGAGACGUUGCGGUAUGAUGAUAAAGUCGGAGGCUACACCGAUAACGCACAAAACAAUGUGAAGAAUCACUGGAUUGAGCAAGGUAUCUGGGACAACAAAUGGACCAUAUGGUGGGUGGGCUGGGCAUGGAUGCAUGAAGGAGAGCCUGAACCUGUCAAGGAAUACUCACCGGAGCCUGACACUGGUUCGAAGCCUCUUAUCAUUCCUGAUCCUAGUCCGUUCACCCCAUCGAUAGAGAAGCCGGAAAGGCGUAUGAGGAUAAAGCCGGUGACUGAAGAACAACGAGCGGCACACAUACAGAAAACUGCGGCAUCUCGCCCUUACCCACAGUUUCUCUACCAGAUCUCCAAAGAGCGCGAGUGGCUUGAAGAUGAGCCGUUUAGGGGCCCCAUUAAUUUGAACCAGGUCGCAUACCAAAAUAUCAAAAGAAGUUGGGUCGAGCAAAACAUAUGGGAUCCCGAAUGGACUGAUAUGCCUGGAGAUACUUGGAUGCACGAAAGCCUUGCCCAAAAUGAACCCGAGAGGUCGAAUGACGCAGUAGAUGCCUCAGAAGGGGCGACAAGCUCGCAUGUUGUUGACAACAAUGAGGGGCAGCCUCAACCUCUUUUUCCAUCUUUCCUCCAUGGCCCGGCGGUAAGCACAACGAAUGUGCUUAGAAGAAACGAAGAGGCGCGAAUACGGAAAUAUCCCCAAUCUCUCUAUUCAUCUGUCCUCUUUGGCGUGGCAGCAAGCGCAACGCAUGUGCUUCGAGGAAACGAGGACGCUCAAAUAGGGGACGACGAAAUAGGCACGCAUCAUGAAGACGGCGGCAGCCUUACAAACAUGAACCAAGUAUCCUUUCCCCUUCAAUUUGGGCGGAGAGGGUGUGUUGAACAUCCUGCUCCCGGAACAUCACCUCCAUCUUGGCUGAUUCAAAUGCUCAACGACGAUGACGACGAUGACGACGACGACGACGACGACGACGGUGGCUUAUCAGGACUGCACCAGCCGAGCCCAGUUGCAACACCUCCCCGACAGAUCAAGGCUAGAUUUGGCUUCGCCGCCCAAUACAAUUCCUUGGAAGCAGACCCCAGCGGCACAACUACCUUUAGCAAAGAGAGAUUACCUCAGGGACGCAAGCAUAUCGGUGGCCGAACUGUCGCGGCCGGCCACACUUGUGUGCGAAAGGGCAGAACUGGUGUGGUGGACCAUGCCGAAGUACGUCGCAGUCGUCGGGUCGUAGAACGAUGCGGGACGGACAAGAGCACACCCUACGACAAAGAUCCACGUGGCUCAAUGCCCCGACCUAAGAGAAGCCAGCGGCUCAAGAAAGGUCAGACCAAACGAAUGGUGUGA